AUGGCUUUUGACUUUGGCGAGUCCAAACCGUCGGAUCCUACCGCCGACUUUCUUGCUCGCGAGCGCGAGGCGGCUGGUGUGCUCUCGGACGACGCCGAUCUGUUCGGCUCUUCCAAUACGGCAGGCAUAGGUGCAUCCGCAGACGACUUCGAACGCUCCGCAACUGCUUUUCCUGCACUGGACGAUGAUGGUCUGCCUGCCGCUUCUGCUCCAAGUGGCGGUGGAUCGGCUGGUUUUGGGUUCGGUGAUCUCGACGACCAGCCUGCGCCGGUUUCCAUUAGCUCGAACCAGCGCGCUGUCGACGACGAGGUGGGCAAGUUCGAGCACAACUUCCCCGAACUCGAUGAUGGUCCUUCGGCCAACACCAACGGCGGUUCCUACCACGAUGAUGCUGACGAUCUGAUGAGCGCCCGUGCCGCUGCGCCUUCUCGCGUCAUACCUACCUCUGUGCCAGCCUCGCAACCCAGCUACUCGUACGAAGAGCCCACCGAGGAGCCCGAAGCUGUGCGCCAAUGGCGCGAGACGCAAAAGGACGCGAUUGCCAAACGCGAUGCCGAAGAUGAACGCAAGAAGGCAGAGGCCAUCUCGAAAGCCGAACAGGACAUUGACAACUUCUACGCCGAAUACAAUGCCAAAAAGGAGAAGAACAUUGCGGCCAACAAGGAAAACGAAGCCAAGUUUCACGAAGAACGAACGCGCGAAUUGGCAGAGGGUACUACGUGGGAUCGAGUCACCAAGAUGGUCGAUCUCAAGAAUAGCCAGUCCAAGACGAUUGCAAGGGCCGGUCCGGGUAGCAGUGACUUGACUAGGAUGAAGGAGCUGUAUCUCAAGUUGAGGAGAGAGGGCGAACGCGCACCUGGUGCUGCUGGGUACUGA